AUUUCAGAGGAGGAAAGUCACGUGUUUCAUCCGUCUAUAAACCUGAAGCCCCCGACAGUCUGAGGCAGAAUCCGACAGCAGCUCUGAAGCCUCUAUCUGGUCCUGAAGUCUCCGUUUGGUUCUGAAGUCUCCGUCUGGUUCUGCCAGUAUUUGAUUUUUCAGUCAUGGCGUCCCCACGGUGGUUGGCCUCCAUGUUGCUGGUUUCAUGGAUUCUUCUCCUCUGCUGGAUGGCCUCCUCUGCAGAGUCACAUGACCUCCACCAGCCCCUCAGGAUCCGCAGAGAGAUGGAUUUUCGCACCAGAGAGAAGGUCAAAGAAUCUCUGACCAUCGUCAAAGACUCUCUAACUGUCAUCAAAGAAGCUUUGGCCAGUGCUCAGGCCAACAAAGUGAUUAAUGUGAUAAAGAGCAUCUCAAAUGUUGCCAACCUUGCGCCCGGCAUUGGAGGUCUGGUUGCAUGCUUUGUCAACGUGGUGCUGGCCUUCAUCCCUCAGGAAAACCCUCUGUCAGAGCUCAGGAAGGGCUUUGAUGAGGUGAAUCGGAAGCUGGACUCCCUCUCCAUGCAGAUCUCCAACUUGGCCACAGACGUGGAAUGGUUCAACUACGCCAGCGUCUACUCCCAAGACGAAGUCCGCAUCCUCAAUGCCUGGAACAAGUUCACCGAGUUUCGUCAGAGCAGUGAGCUGGCACAAAGCGAGGAAGCAAAACUGCAACUGGCCGAGAUGUUCAUCAGCCACUACGAGUCCUCAGGAGCUGAGGCCAGCGUGUCCAAUCUUUACCACUACCUGACGGUCAGCAGCACAGCGCUCAGUGGAAACCUCAACAACUUGCUGAUGAAGAAGUUUAAAUGUGGUGUUUUCGACAUCAGCAGGUUCAACCUGUACUUCAGCAGCCUGCUGUGGAAGGGAAUGGUGGUCAGCCAGGUCUACUGGAAACUGAUGGGUUUCAACUCAGCAGCCAAAGAGGUCCAACAUAUACAGAUGUUUAAGAAGGUGCAUGAAGCUCAAUCAUCAGCUGUUGACUACUGCCUGACAAAGUAUGAGGAGUACAUGAAGAAAGACGUAGAGGAGAUCACCAAAAAGCUCAUCCCUGACAAAGAUGCCAUCGCGGAGCAGGUGAAGAAGGCUCUGGACAAGAAGUACAACUGGUACAGCUGGGUGGUGCUGGUGUACGACAGCAACAGUGAAAGCAGUUACAAGCUGUUUGAUGUGACAAAGAUCCCAGUGGACAACGUCAUGGUAGUUGUAGCCUACACUCUGAUAACAAACGACAUAGAUGUAGUUGCUGUUAAUGACACAGUCAAACGCUGCCUUCAUGGCCAAUCGUGUGAAAGUAGAGAUCAAAUAACAUCAUGUCAGUGGACAUACGAAAUCACUGUGAGGGAUUCCACCAUAAUACAUCCGUGGCAACAAGCCAAAAUAACGCAUGUGUCCUAUAACGGCGGCCAGAGUUUUGCAGAACGUCCAACACCGUUUCAACAAGUCGACUGCAGCUGGGGCACAUGGGGAGGGAAGGUUUCUGUUCACUUGUUCAAGAGGAUUGAGGUCUGCACUGAUAGCACAUGUAAGAACAAUGGAAAGUGCAAGAGGCUGUUGGAAUCCAAUGAUUGGUUCUGCGACUGUCAGGAUGGUUACCAUGGAGACACAUGUGAGAAGAAAGUUGAAAUAUCAGUGUCUCAGGACAUGAAGACUCUCUUCCCUACAGCGCUCAUCAGCACCACCAGCGCCAAACUCAGAACCAUCGAGUCCAAACUGGACACAAUGAUGAGCAGAUGUCAGUGUUCAUAGAGUUCUGUAAAACCACAAACACACACCAGGCAGCAGAACACGUGCUGGAACAAGAGCAGAUUUAAAAAGCUGUUUUAGUGCCACCGUGUGUUGGAAAAAUGUCUGCCUGAAAAUGAUUCUAAAGGAUUAAAGAUUUCUAAAAGAAAUAAA